AUGUUCUACAGUCACGAAAUACUCACAUCUCCCGAGCACGGAAUUGCUACGAUAUGGCUGGUCGCAACUCUGGGAUCGAGAUCCAUCACAAGAAGAUUGAACAAGAAGGCGAUACUGGACGUGGAUGUCCCAAAAGCUUGCGAGGUCAUCAUGGAUCCUGCAGCACCUAUGGCGUUGAGACUCCAGGGGAACCUACUAUACGGAGUCGCCAGAGUCUACGAUCAACAGUGUCGCUACACACUCACGGAUGUUCAGGCAAUGCAUGACAGACUAAGAUCAAUGUUGGGAGCUAUUCCCGGCACAGCGUUGGAUCCGACGGCUGGCAAAGCUAGAUUCGAACAGCUCAUCUUGCCGUAUGACCCGUCAUUCCUUCCUGAGAACAAUCUACCAGGCUUGAGAAUGGAUUUUUUCGAGUUGAAUUUGCCGAAGAACGAUCGAGAAAGCCAGCAAUCCAGCUUCCAGUUCCCAAUGACACCUGACCUGAGUCUGACCGCUGCAUCUCGUACCUCCAGUUUGCAGCUAGACUUUGGGUCACAAGAUCUAAUUCUGAGAGAUAUACAUGGGUUCAGUUCUGAGAGCGAAAUGACGAACUCUGUUCAAAGAAGUGUUCAACGUGGGCGGAUUGCAGUUACAGCUCUCAAUGAUGAAGAGGGCAUCCUUCUGCAGCCUGACUUUGACUUUGAUGAAGAUGGAAAUCUCAUUGAGCUUGGGGGGCUAAACGCUGCUGCCGAGGUUGGAAAGCGCAGCUCUGGCUGGCUUGACACUGAUAUUCCUGUCACUGAUGAGGUGAAAGAGGGUGAAUUGGAUGACAUCUCCUGGGACUAUCAGGUACAGUUUACACAGGACGGGCUGUUGUUCUUACUGACAAUAUCUCCCCAGCCAAUGCUAGCCGAUGAGGACAUGCAAGCGAUUACUGAACACGGACAGCCUAACCCUAUUUUCAACAGAGACACAUCUAUGCCUCAAGCUCCUGAAGAGAGAUACCCGGAAGACGUAGAGAACGUCUCAGGGACCCGGGAGGCACCGAUGCGUCGAACUCGAAGAAUCCCGAAAGCCGUUCCAACAGAUGCUCAAAAUGCGCUGCGAAACACUGAACUAGCUCAAUACAAUAGUGAAUACGUGCAAAAUAUGGCCGCUGCUCUAAAGAAGAAGCUGAAAAAUAGAGUGCCUGCUCAGGCUAAGAAAAAUGCAGAGUUUUGGGUAUUCGGCCUUGGAAUUGGCUCAGUCGGCGUUGGGUUGGGGACUUCUCUUGUCCAGCACCCUUUGCACUUCUUCUCGGGAGAGACAUUGUACGCAUCGCUGACAAGCGUCAAAAGAUCAAAGAAACGCAAGGGCUCUCCAUCGACAACUGAAGAUAGUGAUGCUGAUUCCGAGACUCGACGCAUUCGGCGCAGGGAAGAGUCCGAGGAGCAACUCGGCCGAGGUGGACUGUUUCAAGACAAUAACAACUUUCAGGACGACUUAGAGUUUGGUCGUCAUGUCUCGUCGGUCCUUCGAGAUGACUCCUCCCAAAUGCCCUGGAAUAUCACAGCGUCCGUCCGAAGCUCCCGGCUUGGGCUAUCUGCAACCAGCAUUUUCCGUGGAUUUGGCAGCAUCAGUGAUUUUUCUGCUCGGGGUAUUCACGAUUCCGCAGCAUCCGUGCCUCCACUUGCAGCAACAGGCAGAGUUCGUAGUCGCCUAACAAGUGCAAGUCCUCUAGCUGGACGUGGCUUUCACUACGACUUGGAGGGCCUUGCAAUCCCGGGUACCCAAGAAGAUGACGUGAAUUUCCUCGAAGAAAUUGAUCUAGUUGGCUAUCUUCAGAGCGAGUUUGACGUUAGAACCAAGGCUGAACCCAAGGACGAGACUGACAGGAAGCGAGCAGCUUUCCGUGACCGGCUGUUGAAAUCUAGCAUGGAUCAGGAAAGCCUAAACUUUCUUGAUUUUCUCAACUUGCAGCUUGAGGAGCCCGCUGGAGACCCGGCAGCCCAGGAUACUGUUCAUGAGACUGGUGCAGGCUUUCUUCGUCUUGAUGUUUCCGAUGGUAAAGAGGUAGCAUUUUCGACGCUCCUGCCUCGCGAAACUACCUCUCGUACAGUCGCCACGCAUGGUCUGAUGCACAUACUUACCCUGGCAACAAAGGGCUUUCUUUCUGUUUAUCAGGAGCCGUACGAGGAUGAGAGUACCGAGGAGUACGGUGUUCGUUACGAAUUCGGAGAGAUAUACUUGCGCUUAUCCGACAUGUAG